UUCAAGCAGUUUUUAAAGACACUAAGGAAAACUUAAUAAAGAAGAUGCUGAAACCUCUACCGGAAGAAAAUUCAACACCAACUACCGAUUCACCUCUACCGAAAGAGGAUUUAACACCAACUGCCGAUUUAUCUCUACCAAAAGAGGAUUUAACACCAACUGCCGAUUUACCUCUACCGAAAGAAAAUUUAACACCAACUGCCAAAUCACCUCUACCGGAAGAAAAUUUAACGCCAACUGCCAAUUCACCUAGAUUUUCACUAGAAGCAAGAUUCAACAACACUUGUUGCCUGGUCAAGAGAAUUACUGGAUUUGUCAAACCCG